GAUAACAUUGGCGCUUGCCCACACUGCUGCAUUUGAAAAUACUGAUCCUUUUUUGACAUCUGUCCCUCGCCCUUUUAAUUUAAGACUAAAUUGGACCAAAUUGUGAUUGAAAAAGAUGCCGAACAGCGAGGUGCGGACGCCCCAGGCAAUAAAGAAUAGAUAUUUCACAAAUCUGAGUGAGUUGAAGUGUAGGGCACGUAGAAAUAGUGCCUCAAAUAGCAACUAUUCCGGGGCGGCGUCGGUGGCAACGCCAACGAAUGGCGGCAAGGAAAAUGGAAAUGGAAAAUGUAGCCCUCAAAUGUCGGGAGCUGUGUGCACCCCGCCCCCCAAAAGAUUGCAAAAGGUAAGGAAUCCGUUCGAAGGAGCUUUGGCUGAUCGAUUGCACCUUCCGCUGAUUGCCAGUCCCUCGCUUUUCCGGGCCAGGACUCCCCAGCUCUCCUCAACCCAAUUCGAGUGGAAUAUUGAGGAGGUAUCCCAGCUGAAGCCCGCCGAUGUGGAGCCCCACGAAACACAGUUCCACGAUUCACCCGAUCCUGACCUGGAGUCCAAAGCCCAGCUGGCCAUCAGUACUUUUUUCAAGGAGUCCCAUAUUGUGCCAAGUCCCGUGGAUUGUCCUUUGCGUAGACAGCGCAUAGUACUCAAUCAGAAUGAGGAUUACACGCCCAUAUCCAACAAAUCUCGGAGAAAGCGUGACUGUGAAGUGCAAACCGAAUUGACGCUGCCGCCCGUGCUACCCAAAGCUCUCGAGGAUGCAUUGCGGCCGUACUUCCAGCCUCAUUUGGCGGGAAGGCUGUCUGAUAGGGGAAAGUCGAGUGGUGGCCACGAUAUAUUCAACAGUUCGAUGCGGCGGAAGCUCUUCGAUUUGCACAAUGUGAUCGUAUUGGGCGAGCAAGAUCCGGCCGAGCAGUUUUCCCAAGUGGUGGGUUCCAGUCCUCAAGGUAAGCAGACUAUGUUCGCCGGCAGACUUUCGGACUCGACCUCGGCCGAGGGUAGCUUUGGCAGCCUUUCGCCGAUCCGAAAUCUAUGUGGAUUGCCACCGGGAACUCCUGACGACGGUAAUUGCUCCGGGAAGAGAAAACUCCUAAUGCACGAGCUGGAAUUGCCUUCACCUAUUGCCCCCUCAGAGCAUCUGAGCAGGAGAUUGGUUUACUCCAAGGUAGAAGUUAGUGUCACGGAACAGCAUGAGACCUUGUCGGAGAGAACUGCCCUGAAGUUUACACCCGACAGGAGUUCAUCGCCCAUGGGUGCCCUGGAGCACUCGGAUUGUAGCAUCAAUCAAAGAGUUAGUCGCUUGAGGGUAAACAGCACCCGUCAGAUGUCUCAAUCCUUAAUGCAUGUAGAGCAGCCCUUGUUUGAGGAAUCAGAUGAGGAGGAAGAACAAGCGGAGGAGGAGGAACAGAAUGAUGAGGAGGACGAAGUGGAGACCGAGGAGGAGGAUGCAGAAGCUAUGCAGCUUUCCACCCUUAGCUUUAAUUGCAGCUCCUCCAAUUCGGACACGCCACGGGGACAUAGGAGACAUCGCUCGGCUCAGCGCAAGAACCUGUCGCAAUCUUUCAGUGCCAAUCUAGAGGACGAAGAUGAUCAGAUAGAAGAGCAGAACACUAAGCAGCAUUUGAACCUUCCCCCAGCUGCGAACCCGCAGCAGGGACCCAGGAUUCCCUUGUACCGCACCGACAGCGGCUUCAAUGAAACUUCCAGCACCUCGACCUUUGUCUGCUCUCAGGAGCUACCCUUGGACAUCUCCAUGACCUGCUGCUCCACGCCAUCCAGCCGCUCCUGACCCGCAAAAGUUUGCCUUUUUAGUUCGUAUUCCUUAAUUACUUAAGGUGUUCAAUGCAAUAACUCAUUUUCCCAGGCUAAAGAGAGGAAGACUCGUAAUUAUCUGCAAUUUAAACCCACCGAUUAUAUAUUUUGUAUUAAGUUUCGUCUUUGUAGUUCAAAUUUGCCAAAUAGUUAAAUAAGGAUUUAUUUUCACUUGCGAUUGUCUUAAUUUUUACCCUCGUCCUGUCAUUUUUCU